AUCCAGCUACGCACGCACCUGUCCAUUAGAUGUCAUAGCUUGUGUCAUCUGUUUAUCCUUUUCUGCCCUUUCAACUCUCCCAAAGUUCAGUUGAUGCUGAGCUGGGAAGAAGCCCAGUCUGCAGACGGCAACGCGAGAUCGACCUCCCAAAUAACACUCACAGUGUCACAGCCCCUUUAUCUAAGAAUUGUGGAUCCACACUGACCCCUACCUUUAGGCGUUAGCUGCCAUUGAUUCACCUUAUAAUCAUCCACCUCCAUUUCCCCGUCGAUCUCUCAACUCAGAAAAUGAGCUGGUGGUGGGCUGGAGCUAUUGGUGCUGCCAAGAAGAAAUUUGAGGAAGAUGAACAACCACCGAGUUACCAGAGUACUGGCCUGGUGAUCGGCGUGACUGGCAUCGUGGGCAAUAGCCUAGCUGAAAUUCUGCCAUUAUCAGAUACCCCAGGUGGACCAUGGAAGGUCUACGGUGUGGCUCGCAGGCCGCGCCCCAGCUGGAACGCCGACCACCCUGUGGAGUACAUCCAGUGCGACAUCUCGGACCCGGCCGAUACCAACGCCAAGCUCUCGCCACUGACAGAUGUCACCCACAUCUUCUACGUCACCUGGACCAACCGACCCACCGAGGCUGAGAACUGCGAGGCCAACGGCGCCAUGUUCCGCAACGUGCUCCGUGCGGUGAUCCCGAACGCGCCGAAUCUCCGCCACAUCUGUCUUCAGACGGGGACCAAGCACUACGUCGGGCCCUUCGAGUCGUACGGCAACAUCCAACCCCACGAGCUUCCAUUCACGGAGGAUUUGCCCCGCUUGGACACACCGAAUUUCUAUUACACUCUUGAAGAUGUGCUGUUCGAGGAGGCCGAGAAAAAAGAGGGCUUGACUUGGUCCGUUCACAGACCCAACGUCAUAUUCGGGUUCUCGCCGUAUAGCUUGAUGAACAUCAUUGGCACGCUAUGCGUGUACGCCGCUAUAUGCAAGCACAAGGGGCUUCCCUUGAGAUUCCCCGGCACCAAAGCUGCCUGGAACUGUUACGCGGUGGCUUCCGAUGCGGAUCUUAUUGCAGAGCAGCAGAUAUGGUCGGCGGUGGACCCGUUUGCGAGGAACGAAGCAUUUAACUGCAACAAUGGGGACGUGUUCAAGUGGAAGCAUUUCUGGAAAGUGUUGGCUGAGCAAUUCGGGAUUGAGGAUUACGGAUUCGAAGAGGGUGAGAAACUGAGCCUGGUGGAGAUGAUGAAGGACGAAGGUCCAGUGUGGGACGUGAUUGUGAGGGAGAAUCAACUGCAACCGACAAAGUUAGAGGAGGUUGGGGUGUGGUGGUUUGCAGACGUGAUUCUGGGUAAGGAGAGACUUUUGGAUAGCAUGAAUAAGAGUAAGGAGCAUGGAUUCUUGGGGUUCAGGAACUCCAAGAAUUCGUUCAUUUCUUGGAUAGACAAAAUGAAAAGCUACAAGAUUGUGCCUUAGAAAGCAAUGCUUUUCUUUUUGGGUUAUCUGGUGACUGGUUCUGUUCCGAAUCGAAUUUUUUGCUUGUGUUUUGCAAUGCAUGGACGAGAAGACGGUAUAUAUCAUGGAGUAAAUUGCUGUUGAUCGUGCUCCUCGAAGGAAGGUCAGUCUAUGUUCGUGGAUUCUUGGGGUUCAGGAACUCUCACGUUUGCGGAGUUUCCUGCAACGGCAUCAGAAAGAGUGGUGCUUUUGUAAUAUGUAGUCAAACAUCCUUUCCUUUCACAACAAAUGCAGCACUAGAGAAAAAUAAAAAGAAAUAGGCACUGAGAGCAAAUAAAUGUUCCCUAUCCUGCUAAUGGCGAGCUGCACAAAGUGGCAAUUUUUGUACAAUCGAUUGUAAUCCCAUGACCGGGGGGACAAGGUGAUUGAUGUGGCUGCAUGUUGUUCUAAAAUAGCUAUUGGGGAGAUCCAUUUCCUCA